AAGCAGACGGGUUCUUCCGUUCAUUUACGAAAAUGUAAAUAGCCUAUAGAUUAUUUAGAAAAUGUGAUAUAAUUCAAACUAUUGUGUUAGCAAUACCAAUGAAUACCAGUCAAGAUCAUAAUAAAGCCACAGACUGAUGAUGGUUUUUUAAACAUGAAAAGGACAAGGUCAAAGUACAGUGAAAGAGGACCACAAAGUUGGAAGUGUCUCACUUCCAAGAAAGCCAAGUUACAAACUCGAGAAGAUUCUUCAGUUGAGAAUGUUCCUUUCUGGGGUCCGUACCUGGCCGAAAGACAUUGGGGAACUGUACGGGAAGACUUGUCUGUUGAUGGUGAUUGUUGGGAGUAUUUCUCCCAUGAUGCUGCUGUGUCGAGGGCGUACAGGUCUGGGGAGGAUGGCUUGCUGGGAGUCUGUGACAGACAUGGUCUGAUGUGCUGUGCUCUCGCUCUCUGGAAUGAACGAGACUCCAUUCUCAAGGAAAGGUUGUUCGGACUCACCAAUAAUCAGGGUAACCAUGGUGAAGAUGUCAAAGAGUUAUACUACUAUCUGGACAAUAACCCGCAGCAUACGUACAUGAAGGCAUUGUACAAGUACCCGCACAACGAGUUUCCGUACCAGCAGCUUGUUGCAGAGAAUGCUAAUCGAGGGUUGAAUGACCCAGAGUUUGAAAUCUUGGACACAGGUGUGUUUCAAAAUGAAGAAUAUUUUGAUGUGUAUGUUGAAUACGCCCAGACUGUAGAGAAACAUCUGGUUUGUCGGGUGACUGUCAUAAACCGAUCGUCACAGGAUAAGAGUCUAGUUGUGGUGCCACAAAUGUGGUUCAGAAACACGUGGUCUCCUGAGACAGUAAAUCAUUUUAUGGACAAGCCAUCGAUGAAGCAGAUGGAAGACAGGGUUAUAGCAGAGUAUAACAAAGGGCGGUUUUCCAUUAAUUUUUGCGAGGACCCAAUGAAACCGAAUGUGUUGUUUACUGAAAAUGAAACCAGACCAGACGCAGAUCUGGCAGGUGGUGGCGGGUUUUACAAAGAUGCAUUUCACAAGUAUAUCAUACAAGGAGAACAAGGAGCAGUGAACACACAAUGCACAGGCACGAAAUGUUGUGGUGUGUACAACCUGCUGAUCCCUGGUGGAGCUGAAGCUUGUGUGUGUUGGUCUGUAGGUCCAGACACCGGGGGUGGCAAACACUGGGACUCACAGCAGAUUAAUAAGCUUUUUAAGCAUCGACUCUUCGAGACGAACAAAUUCUUCCGUUAUCUGUUACCACGUAGCUGGAGUGAGGAAGAACAAAAUGUUGCAAGACAGGCAGUGGCAGGACUUCUGUGGUCAAAACAGUUCUACAUCUACGAUGUCGCCGCUACACUGUCAGAAAUUGAAUUGGUUCAAGAAAAGGAUUCAAUCAAAACUAAGGAGAGCCGCAAUUCUUGGUGGCGCCACCUUCGGAACUGUGAUGUCAUCUCCAUGCCGGACAAGUGGGAGUUCCCAUGGUAUGCUAGUUGGGAUCUAGCCUUCCACAUGAUUCCGUUCCUCCGGUUUGACAAGAAGUUCGUCAAGUACCAGCUCUCUACCUUGCUGCUGAAUAGAUACAUGAAACCAGAUGGACAGCUGCCUGGCUGUGAGUUUAACUUGGACGACCCAAACCCACCUCUUCAUGCGUGGGCUUGUUUGAAAGCAUUCUGUGCAGAGGACUCCAGUGAUUUGAAUUUUCUUAGAUCCUGCUUUGACAGGCUGCUGCUGAACUUCAACUGGUGGACUUCUUUCUCAGAUUAUGCCAGCGAGCAGAGAUACUAUGGCUUUUUAGGCAUGGACAACAUCAGUGUGGUAAACCGGUCCGAAGCGCCACCUACAGGCUGUCGACUUCUCCAGGCAGAUGCCAGUGGGUGGAUGGCUUUCUUUGCUCUACACAUGUUGAAAAUAUUUCUCAUUCUGGCAGCCUCAGAUGAAUCCAUCAGUUUUGAUUUAGCAGAGAAAUUUUUAAAUGUGUUCUUGAUUAAAGCAAGGGAGCUGAAUCAGGACAUAGGAAAUUCUGACCCAGGCCACUGGGACGAACGGAGUGAUUUCUACUAUGAUGUGAUGCUGGCACCGGGUGGAAACCAGGCCAUUAAGAUAAAGUCUCUUGUUGGAAUUGUGCCGCUGUUUCCCUGUGGUGUGAUCAAGUGUUCUAGGACCGCAAAGUCUAGAAAGUUUCAUAUUAACCUCUGUGAUUCAGCAAACGUUCAGUUUAUUCGUAAACUGUCAAUCAGAGAGUAUCUACUGAUGGCUGUGCCACUUCCUAAAAUGCAAGCUGUAUUUAAAACACUGUUUUCUGAAUCCGAGUUCCUGUCUCCUUACGGCAUCCGAUCAUUAUCAAAGGUGUAUGAAGACGAGCCGUACUCAGUAACUGUUAACGAUACUGAGUUGGGAAUCCAGUACACCCCAGGUGAGACUCAAGACAUCAUGUUUGGAGGAAACAGCAACUGGAGAGGACCCAUUUGGCUCUGUAUGAACUACCUGAUAGUUCAGUCUCUGGAACACAUCCAAGAGGCAUUGGGUGACAAGUUCAAGGUCGUUUACCCAGCAGGAAGUGGUGUGAAGCACACGCUAACUUUCAUCAUCAAGGAUAUCUCCAAACGAAUCGUCUCUUUGUUCCUGUCCAAUGAAGCGAACGUCAGACCUCUGCAUGGAUCUGAUGAUUGCUAUGCAGUAGACCCUCACUGGAAACCACUAGUGUUAUUCUACGAGUUCUUUCAUGCGGAAACAGGCCGAGGAUGUGGUGCCAGUCACCAGACUGGGUGGACGUCGCUGGUGUUGGAAUUCCUCCACAAACUGCAUGGCACAGAUUGACAAGCUAACUAUGGUGAAUGAGGCUGCAAUCACACUGCAUCUAUACACACACACUUCACAGACAUGAGAAAUUAGAGCAUGCUCUGAUAAGGAACGUUCUGCCCUAAUCUCAACCACUGGCCCGAGAUUUGGCUUGGAAUGGAUGUGCCUGAACCUUGAAAUGAUAUAGGCUCAUAAAUAGUUUAAGUUAAGUCUGAGGAGGGAACGUAGAAAUUGUACCAAUUACUGGGGACUGAAGUACUUUUGUAUGUGCUCUGUGAAACUGGAUACACACACUCAAUACAUUUAUGUAGUUUAGUUCUGUGAAACGUGGGUUGUGUAUGGAUUGAAUACAAGGUUGACAGAGCCAACAAAUUAAAAUUUAAAAUCCUAAGUUGACAGUUACUCAACUCCUGCAAAUGCCCGUGGCAAUCGGCAAUGCUGUAGAGAUUGCCGCAGUUUUUCAUUCUCGUUCCUUAUAGUGGACAACAUUGGAUUUUUUUUUUAAAGAUGUACAUGUGGAUUUUUUCUGUAUUAUUAAAGAUAAAACUUGCUUUGUGAACUGAAAACCGAUUAAAAGAAAAUAUUAAAACAGUAACUGCACCGUUACUUACUACCCAGAGUUACGAACAUGUUAACAGGAAAAUUGCCAUGAACACUUUUUUUUCUUCCAUGGCAUGGUUUUUCUUAAUUGCAGGGGUUGGUUACUGUAUAAUGUAAAAAUCCUAUGUUGACAAUAGAUUGAAGAAUGUUGACAGCCAAAUAAAGUGCAAAAAUACUGUUCUGUAAUUCCAGCAAUAAUGGAUUCCAUAACAAACACCUUCAUAAGUUAUUCACUUCUGUAAUUCCACCAAUAAUGUUGGGCUUUCAAUAUACAAUCAUUCAAGGUUAGCUGAAACACACUUGUUUAAUAAUAGAGUUCACUAACAAAUUAAUAAAAAAGACAACCUCAGUAUAUCUGUAUUUGUAUUUUAAUGAAGAGAAAUAACAUUACACACCAAACAAUAUGGAACAACAUUAGGCUAUUACCCGUGAUAAAACAUUGCACAUCUUGGCCUGUACUGUCUUCAUGUGAGGUCAUGGUCUGUUUUUAAAAAUGCUUGCAUAAAUAACUCAUUUAUAAUACCUCCCAACACAUGGGAAGUUAUACUUUUUAAGUCUUUAUUGAGGGAAAAAAAUAUCAAAAAAUGUAAAAUAUCCACAACAAAACAAGACCAUGAGCAGUGAUUUGAGAACUGUUGGGGAAACAUUCCUGCAUCCUUGUUUUCCUAAACAAACUUGUGUUUAGGUAUUGUAAAUAUAUGUACCUAUACAAGUGCAAGAUAAAAUUGGGUGGGACAGAGUCCAAUGGUAAAGCUCUUGCUUGAUGCACGAUUUGCCUAAAAUGAAUCCCUGUUGGUUGGUCCAUUGGGCUACUUCUUGUUCAAACCAGUGCACCACAACUCCUAUUUUAAAGGCCAUGGUGUGUCCUAUCCUGUCUAUUGAAUGGUGCAUAUAAAACAUCCCUUGCUAAUAAAGUUUGACAUCCAAUAAACAUGUUCUAGUGGUGUCAAAAACGGGCUUUAUAAAUUUGAAACCCAUAUGUUCUCAUUUUUCAGAACAUAAUAUAUGUGGUUAACUUGAUUAUUUACAGUCAAGUAUCUGUGCAAAUACUGUGUAUCUCUUCUUAUGGUCUAUUAAAACUGAACACCUCAAUAAAUACAAGUUUAGCAAUUUCGUAAAUGUGCUUAAAUAAAAGAUCUAUCUGAUGCCUCAUUUGUCAGUAUAACAAACAGAUUUUCAAUACAACAUGAAAUGUGUAACUGUCAUGUCAUUGAGUGUGGCUUCUAUUUUAAAGUACAGUGCACAAGUAUCAAAAAAAGGUCUUAGUAGGAUGUAUUUGAAGUGUUUUAUGUGUAUGUUCUGUUUGAUGACUAUUAUUCUUGUGUCAUUUGGAGAGAAAUAAAACAAUCAGAGAUACAUCUUAAA